AUGGAUAAGAGUUGGAUGCAUGCUAGAAAAUGGUCAUCUCAAUAUGUCGAAGGAGUGAAAAGUUUUAUGAAAUUUGUGGAAGAGAAAUUGGGUAGUCACUGUGAUAUUCAAUGCCCAUGUAUAGAUUGCUUGAAUGUGUAUAAAAAAAACCAAGGUCAAGUGUAUGAGCAUUUAUUGCUCAGAGGGAUUGAUACAUUCUACACGAUAUGGAUUCAUCAUGGAGAGCCAUCUAACUAUACAUAUGGAAGACAUGGUGGUGAGAAUGAAAAUGAUUUUGAUGCCAGUGAUAUGUCUUACAAUGAUAGGGAAGAAGAUGAUGGUAUCAAUGACAUGUUAGAUGAUUUUGGUAAUUUUAUUAAUAAUUUGGAGAGUACAACUGACAACGGUGUUUUUGUCAACCACAUAAUAACAGAGGAUGCAUUUGGGAAACUAUUAAAAGAAGCUCAACAACGCCUUUACCCUGAAUGCUCCCAAUUUUCACAAUUGUCAUUUAUUGUGAAGUUGCUCCAUUUAAAAGUUUAUAAUAAAUGGGGCAAUAAAUUAUUUGACAUGUUACUUGAAUUGUUGAAAGUUGCUUUGCCUGAAGCCAAUACACUACCUAGGUCGUAUUAUGAUGCAAAAAAUUUAUUGCGAGACUUGGGUUUAGGGUAUACAUCUAUUCAUGCAUGCAAAUAUGAUUGUACAUUGUACUGGAAAGACACUGCAGAUCGGGAAGAUUGUCUUAUUUGUGGCACAACAAGAUGGAAAAUCAAUGAUGGAAAAGGGAAGAAAAUUCCCCACAAAGUGUUGAGAUAUUUUCCGGUCAUACCAAGGUUGCAGAGAUUAUUUAUGUCAAAGAAGACUGCUACUGAUAUGAGAUGGCAUAAAGAAAAACGCGUUAAUAAUGAUACUAUCAUGCAACAUCCAGCUGAUUCAAAGGCUUGGAAGCACUUAGAUGAGGAGUUCCCAUGGUUUGCAGAAGAUUAUCGAAAUGUCCGUCUUGGGUUGGCAAUAGAUGGAUUUAAUCCAUUUGGUAACAUAAGCAAAUGGAUUAUUGUUGGAAUUGGACUUAGGCAACCAAACCUAGUGAGUGGGCCAAAUAUUUAA